ACUUGAAAAGUCGUCGAGCAGGGAUCCAUAUCUAUUUCCAGGAAGACUUCAUAUCUUAUCAUCACCCUCUAAUAUAAAUAUAUAAUUCUUUUAACUAUUUUCUUUCAUCAAAGAUGUCUUUUAGUGAUUGGUCUGAACCUUCCACCUCCACGACUCAAUGGUUACAACCAUGCCGUAAAUUCAAACUGCGUGAAAUUCUUUCAGCAACAGGAAACUUCAAUGAAUCUUUCAUGAUUGGUAAAGGGGGCUUUGGAAAUGUAUACAAAGGUGAAGUUAUCGUUGGAACUAGUCGUAUUACCGCUGCUAUUAAACGGUUAGAUUUGAAGUCACAUCAAGGGGCAGCAGAGUUCUGGGCCGAAGUCGAGAUGCUUUCCAACUUGCGGCACUCUCAUCUAGUAUCUCUGAUUGGUUAUUGUCACUACGAAGGAGAAAUGAUCCUUGUAUAUGAGUAUAUGCUGAAUGGAACACUUGAAGAUCAUCUCCAUAAACUCCGCACCCGUCUUUCUUGGGUUGACCGGCUAAAGAUUUGCAUAGGCGCCGCCCGUGGGUUAGACUACCUUCACAGUGGUACUAGUAUUGAGUUUGGUGUUAUACACAGAGAUGUCAAGACCUCAAAUAUAUUGUUAAACCAAAGUUGGGUAGCUAAAAUAUCUGAUUUUGGGUUGUCCAGAAUAGGCCCAACGAAUCAACCACACACUUAUGUUAACACUCUUGUAAAAGGCACUUUUGGGUAUUUUGAUCCCAACUAUUUCGCCACUGGACAACUGACAAGGAAGUCUGAUGUGUAUGCUUUUGGGGUGGUUUUGUUUGAAGUGUUGUGUCAGAAACGACCAGUAGAUAAGAGUCUUCAAUGGGGGUUAGCAACAUGGGCACUAGACUCAAUCAAAGAAGGUAACUUAAAGCAUAUAGUUGAUCCUAAUAUAAGGGGUGAAUUAUCCUCAAAAGGUUUAAAGGAAUUUGCUAGAAUAGCAGAAAGAUGCGUAAAUAAUCAUCCAAAGCAUCGACCUACCAUGAAUGAGGUUAUAUCUAGUCUGGAAUCUAUACUUACCUUAGAGCAGAAAAUCAAUAAGUCGUGGCAAAGUCCAGGCAAGUCGAUAUUUACUAGAAUGAUUGAUGUGUUUCACUUUCACUCCAACGGUGAAAAUUCAAUUACCACCAGUGAUCAUGAAAAAAAGAAUAAGCCCACUGCCCCUUCUUCCGGUGAACAUGUGCCAACAAGUGAAAUAAUAGUGACACCCAACUUAAAAUCUUUCACUUUUGCUGAUCUAAAAAUGGCCACCAGAAACUUUAGGCGGGACGCAAUGCUUGGAGAAGAUGGUUUUGGGAAGAUUUUCAAAGGAUGGGUGGACGGUAAAACAUUAGCACCGUCGAAGGUCGGUGUUGGCAUGCCCGUUUCCGUCAAGAAAUCAAAUCCUGACGGUGAAGGCCUCAAGUGGUGGGAGGCAGAAGUAAAAUUCUUGGGAAAAUUCAGCCAUCCAAAUAUUGUAAGGCUAGUAGGAUAUUGCAGCGAAGAUAGAGACUUUCUUCUUGUAUAUGAAUUUAUGCAAAAAGGCAGUCUAGAAAAUCAUCUUUUUAGGAGAGGUCUUUACGUCAAACCACUUGCAUGGGACACAAGAAUUAAAAUAGCUACUGGAGCAGCACAAGGCCUUGUUUUUUUGCAUAAUGCAGAAGAAAUGGUUAUCCAUAGAGAUUUUAGCUCUACAAAUAUUUUACUAGACGAGGAAUUUAAUGCAAAACUCUCUGAUUUUGGCUUGGCAAAGAUAGGUCCUUCGAAUGGUGAAUCCCAUGUCACCACGAUAUUCGUGGGUACAAAUGGAUAUGCAGCUCCAGAAUACAUAGCCACUGGUCGUUUAUACAUCACGAGCAACGUUUAUAGUUUUGGAGUAGUGUUACUAGAAAUUAUCACGGGUCAGCGUGUAGUUGAUAAUAAUCGACCUACAUCGCGACAUAAUUUGGUGGAAUGGGCUCGACCAUCAUUAAGUAACAGACGAAAAGUAAGGGGAAUCAUAGAUGCACGUCUAGAAGAAAAUUUCCCACUAAAAGGAGCAUAUAGAACUGCACAACUCAUUUUUAAGUGUCUUGAACCACACCCUAAAAAUCGACCUUCAAUGAAGGAAGUGCUGGUGAGUCUACAAGAGAUUGGUUCUAUAAAAUCAAAACCAAAAGAAAGUAAAGUACACUCAAGAUAACCAAUGGGCACACACCAUGACCGUCGCUAGCAAUCUGCUUAUUAAUCUCCACUCCUAACGAGGUAAGGCAGAGGAGGCAGGUCCAAUCAGCUUCUUGAUGUAAAGAAAAAAAAAUGUAAAUAUACCUAGCUACAACAUUUUAUUAUCUCUAUAUAUAACUAAGAGAUUAUACUUUUUAUCCUAAGUGCACUUCUCUUUUCAUACCAACUAAUCUUUUUACUUAGGUGACAUUUUUAGUGUUUAUGUGACACUUCAUUUGCCAAGUCAUCAUUUAUCUA